AUGAUCUCAAGACAGUUCUUCGCGCUUGCUCUCGCGGCCUUGGCCCGGCAGGUCAGCGCUGCUGGUGUGACUGGCGCCGCCGAAGGCUUUGCUAAGGGUGUCACUGGAGGUGGUUCCGCCACGGCCGUAUAUCCUACGACUAACGCCGAGCUUGUCUCAUACCUAGGUGAUAGCUCAGCCCGGGUUAUCAUCUUGACGAAGACUUUCGACUUCACUGGUACAGCAGGUACGACUUCUGCGACCGGCUGCGCCCCGUGGGGAACGGGAUCGUCCUGCCAGACAGCCAUCAAUCUGAACUCCUGGUGUGACAACUACGAGGCUUCUGCGCCUGAUGUUUCCGUCUCGUACGACAAUGCCGGCAUACUUGGUAUCACAGUCGGAUCUAACAAGUCCCUCGUCGGGCAAGGUUCUGCAGGAGUCAUCAAGGGCAAAGGUUUGAGAAUCAUUAAUGCAAGCAAUGUUAUCAUUCAGAACAUUAAGAUCACUGAUCUGAACCCCGAGUAUGUCUGGGGAGGUGAUGCAGUCACAAUUGUCAGUACUGACCUGGUUUGGAUUGACCAUGUCUCCACCUCCUUGAUCGGUCGCCAACACAUCGUACUGGGAACGUCAGCCAGUGGCCGUGUGACUAUCUCGAACUGCAAUAUCGAUGGUACUACUUCCUGGUCGCCAAGCUGUGACACUUACCACUACUGGAACGUUCUCUUCCUCGGCUCAUCGGACCUGGUUACUUUCAAGAACAACUAUGUCCACCAUUUCUCUGGCCGGGCUCCCAAGGUCGGAGGCAACACGCUCCUCCACGCUGUCAACAAUUAUUUCUACCAGACCAACAGCAAUGGACACGCCUUCGAGAUCGACAGUGGUGGUAUGGUCCUAGCAGAAGGCAACGUGUUCCAAAAUGUCGUCAAUGUCGUCACCGACGACGUCUCGGGCGUGGCAUUCACCAGUCCGAGCACGACGGCUAACACUGCCUGCUCUACGUACCUGGGACGCAGCUGUGUGUUGAACGCUUUCGGCAGCUCUGGCACAUUCAAUAUUGUCGACACUAGCUUCCUGGUCAACUUCUCUGGCAAGAACAUCGCGUCCGCUUCUAGCGCCAGUGAUGCCAAGUCUGUUGCCUCUUCAGCUGGCAAUACUCUUUGA